AUGUCAGCGGCCAUUCAUGAUCUUAGAGCAGACAAUGCGGGCUCGGUCGUAAAGGCAGAAUUCAAGUAUGAACCAGAGUCGCGAUCAACAUCAGAUCAAGUCUCGUACGAUGCAGAAAGUCUACAGCCACGCAAAAGGCGGAGGCUGACCCCACCACUCUUUUCGCCAGGACAAGACCAUACGCUGUUGUGGGAACCAGCUUCACGCAUAAGACCUAGGUCUGCGAAGUCAUUGGUACAUCAGUCUAAUGUAAUCCUCAGACCCACAGUAUCAAAUGGCAAAAUUGUGGACUCGGAGUCUUCAUUUGGCUCCUUAGAUGUUGCGCCCUGGCUUCUUGCUUCUUUAUCUGCCUUGUCAGUCCUCCGCCCUACCUCCAUACAAAGAGCGUGUAUACCCGCGAUUCUGCGAGGGCAAAAUGUGAUCGGUGGCAGCCGCACCGGCAGCGGUAAAACCAUAGCGUUUGCAGUUCCAAUACUACAGAAAUGGGCAGAAGAUCCGAUCGGCAUAUACGCAGUGGUUUUGACACCAACAAGGGAAUUGGCUCUACAAAUACUCGAACAGUUCAAAGCUAUAGCUUCGUCUCAAAGCUUGAAGGCGGUCUUAAUCGUUGGGGGAACAGAUAUGAGAGCACAAGCUUUGGCACUCGCAAGCCGUCCACAUAUCGUGAUUGCUACGCCUGGCAGACUCGUAGAUCAUAUUCAGACAUCAGGGGCAGACACAAUAGUUGGUUUGCGCAGGACAAAAUUGGUAGUGUUAGAUGAAGCGGAUAGAUUGCUGGCAAGCGGACCAGGGAGUAUGCUCGAAGACGUUGGUACAUGUCUAGGAGCACUGCCGCCGAGUCAGGAGAGGCAGACCUGUCUCUUUACAGCAACUGUCACGCCUGAAAUUAUGGCUUUGAAGUCGAUGCCUGAGCCUGAGGACAGACCGCCGAUAUUCGUGUGUGAGGUUGAUCCUGAUGAUCAUACUGUGCCUCCGAGCCUCCAACAAUCGUACCUCCAAGUCCCACUAACAUACAGAGAGACAUACUUGCACAUAUUGCUGCUGACUGCAGGAAAUUUGGCAAAGGAAUCAAUCAUCAUUUUUUGCAAUCGCACUGCGACAGCUGAUCUACUUGAAAGAUUGCUCAGACAGCUCGAGCACAAAAUUACUGCGCUUCAUUCCAAGUUGUCGCAACGUGAAAGGACUGACAACCUUGCGCGCUUUCGUGCGAAGGCAGCUCGGAUACUAGUUGCUUCUGAUGUGGCAUCUCGUGGUCUCGACAUCCCUAGUGUUGAUCUUGUCAUCAAUUAUGACGUUCCUCGCAAUCCAGAUGAUUAUAUUCAUCGUGUUGGGCGUACCGCUCGCGCAGGAAAAUCAGGUGAGGCAAUUAUCUUGGUCGGACAAAGGGACAUCGAGCUCUUCCUUGCCAUUGAGAAACGAGUAGGUAUCAAAAUGAAAGAAUGGCAGGAAGAAGGAGUGAACCUCGAGACCAGAGUUGUCAGAGAUGGGUUGAAGGACAUAGGCGAAGUCAAACGACGGGUGGAACUAGACAUCGAAGAAGGUAGAGAUAUCUUAGGACGGAGGAAAAGAGGUAAAAUCAAGAGGUUGGAAUGA